AUGAAGGGAAAGAAAGGGAGAAGAAUGGGAAGAAAAGGAGAAGAAAGGGAAAGAAAGGAGAAAGAAAGGGAAAAGAAAGGAAAGAGAGAAAGAAAGGGAAAAAAGGUAGAAGGAAGAGAAAGAAGGAAAGAAAGGAAAGAAAAGCGAAAAGAAAGGAAAAGAAAGGGAGAAAGAAAGGGAGAAAGCAAAGGAAGAAUAGUAAAGGGAGAAAGAAAGGGAAAAGAAAGAGAAGGAAAGGAGAUAGAAAGGGAGAAUGAAAGGGAAAAGAAGAGAAAGAAAGGAUUGAAGAAAGGAAAAAGGGAGAAAAGAAAGGGAGAAGAAGAGAAAAGGAGAAAGAAAGGGAGAAAGAAAGGGAGCGAAAGAAAGGAGAAAGAAAGAGAGAAGAAAGGGAGAAAGAAAGGGAUAGAAAGGAAAGAAGAGAAAGAAAGGAGAAAAGGGAAAAAGGGAGAAGAAAGGGAGAAAAGAAAGGGGAGAAAGAAGGGAAAAAAAGUGAAAGAGGAGAAAGAAAGGAGAAAGAAAGAGAGGAAGGGAAAAAAAGGGAAAAGAAGGAGAAAGAAAGGGAAGAAAGAAAGGGAGAAAGAAAGAGAAAGAAGGGAGAAAGAGGGAAAAGGAAGAAAGAGAAGAAAAAGGAGAGAGGAGAAAGGAAAAGAAGAAAGGGAAGGAGAAGAUAAGGAAAAGAAAGGGAGAAAGAAAGGGGAGAAAGAAGCAGAGAAGGAGAAAGAAAGGAGAGAAGAGAAACAAGGAGAAAAGAAGGAGAAAAAGAAGAACGAAAGGGACGAAGAAAGGGAAGAAAGGGAGAAAGAAAGGAGAAAAGAAAGGGAGAAGAAAGAGGAAGGAAAGAAAGGAGAAAGAAAGGGAGGAGAAAGUGAGAAAGAAACGGAGAAAGGGAGAAGAAGGAAGAAGGAAAAGAAGGAGAGGGAGAAGAAGGGAGAAAGGGAGAAAGGGGAGAAGAAAAGAGAGAGAAGGGAAAGGGAAAAAGGAUGCCAGAAGGAAAGAGAGAGAAAGGAGAAACGGGAAAGAAAGAGAGAGAAGAGAAAGGGAAAGAAAGGAGAAAGGCGAGAAAGGGAAAAAAGAGAGAAAGAUAGGAGAGAGAAGACAAAUACCAAUAAUGGAGCAAAGAAACCAUUCAGGGAAGUCAUCAACGCUGUUACUGAAGAUCGCCAAGCCAUGGGACAACCCCCAAUUACAUUUACUCGUCAGGUUUUGGCCCUAGUAUCUUAUCCUGAGCUGAUAAAGUAUUCAAACUUUCCUGAUGAUGUUAAAGAAAGAGCAAAAUUUCUUCUUGCUGGAUGCAAUGGAGGAAGUGCAGUGUUACAACUCCUGGAUUGUGAAACAUGCGGACUAAAAACAGGUGUUAUGGUACCUAUACCUCACUAUCCUCUGUUUCCUGCAGUUAUUGCAGAAUUCAAUAAUAUGCAACAAAUGAAUUACUACUUAGACGAAUCCAAUGGAUGGGCCAUAUCAAUAAAGGAACUGAAGCGAGCAUUGAAUGAUACCAAAGGAACAUGUAAACCUCGUGCUCUUGUUGUUAUUAAUCCAGGAAAUCCUACAGGCCAGGUUCUCACCAAGCAGACUAUUCGAGAGAUAAUUAAUUUUGCAUAUGAAGAGGGUUUGAUUCUUAUUGCUGAUGAGGUACAUCAACAGAAUGUAUUUGAUCGUAAUAGUGAAUUCCAUUCUUUUAAAAAAGUGUUAAUGGAAAUGGGACUACCAUAUUCUAAAAUGGAAUUGGCUAGUUUUAUGUCUUCUUCAAAAGGCUAUAUGGGGGAAUGUGGAAUGCGUGGUGCCUAUGCGGAAGUCAUUAACCUUCAACCUGAUGUACAAGCAAUGUUUUUGAAGAGUAUUACAGCAAGUCUUUGCCCUACUGUUCUUGGACAGAUAGCACUGGAUUGCGUUGUGAAACCACCUGUGCCAGGAGGUCCAUCACAUGAGUUGUUUGUUAGAGAAAGGGAUUCAAUUUUGAAAACACGUAUUGAAAAUGCAGAAAUUGCUGUAAACACAUUCAACUCUAUUGAAGGCAUGUCUUGUAAUGUGAUCCAAGGAGCAAUGUAUGCUUUUCCUCAGAUACGUUUACUAUCCAAAGCAAUAGAAACUGCAAAACAGAAACAGAUGCACCCAGAUGAGUACUAUGCUUCCCAGUUGCUAGAAAAUACAGGAAUUAGCAUUGUCCCUGGUUCUGGGUUUGGUCAAAAGGAUGGUACAUAUCAUUUCAGGCAAGUUGAAUCCAUAAAUGGCAAGAAGUAUAUUGUGAAAUAUUUAGAUAACAAUAAUGAUGUAUUGAAUAUAUUAUAUUUCAUAUAUGUGGUUGAAAUAAAUUCAAGUAUCAGUUGUUGCAAAAAUUAA